AUGUCCGCAGUAGCAGGACCAUCCACCUCGUCCAGCAUCGCACAAAAGACAUUUGAGCUCAACAAUGACAUGAUCACACUCGACCCGCACAAGGAUGCCAUAUUCCACUUUGACAAUGAUCAGCAGAAGCAGGCACUCAAUGCAGCACCUUGGAAGAAGGACCCUCACUUCUUUCAUACGGUCCGCAUCUCUGCCGUUGCCCUGAUCAAGAUGGUCAUGCACGCCCGCUCAGGAGGAAUCUACGAGAUCAUGGGACUCAUGCAGGGGAAAGUGGAUAUACCCAACAAGACACUGUACGUCAUGGACGCAUUCGCGCUGCCUGUCCAGGGAACAGAGACGAGGGUUAAUGCCCAGAACGAGGCAUACGAAUAUAUGGUCGAGUACCUAGAGAGCAGCAAGCAGGUCGGACGUCUAGAGAAUGCCAUUGGAUGGUACCACUCCCAUCCGGGGUACGGCUGCUGGCUCUCCGGCAUCGACGUGAACACGCAGAUGACCAACCAGCAAUUCCAGGACCCCUUUGUUGCCAUCGUCAUCGACCCCAACCGCACAAUCUCAGCCGGAAGAGUAGACAUUGGAGCAUUCCGCACCUACCCAGCCAACUACAAGCCGCCCAAUGCCUCUUCCUCAUCUGAGUACCAGUCCAUCCCACUCUCCAAGAUCGAAGACUUUGGUGUACACGCAAACGCCUAUUACCCGCUCAAGGUGGAGCACUUCAAGUCCUCCCUCGACGAGAGGGUUCUGGGGAUGCUGUGGGAGAAGUAUUGGGUGGCGACUCUUUCUCAGAGUCCACUGGUGGUCAACCGCGAGUAUGCUACGGGUCAGGUGAGGGACCUAGCUGCAAAGAUGGGACAAGUGAGGAGGAGCGCGGGGACCAGGAGCGCAACGACGUUGCCUCUGGGUCGCAAUGGCGAAGAAGCCAAGGGCGACGAGGAGGCGAGCGAAUCUCCCGCUGCUUCUGGAGGUAACGCUGCUGCGACAAGCAAAGUGGACAAGAUGGUUGCCGAAGCACGCAAGAGGGAGGAAGAGACGCCACUGGCCAAAGUCGUACGUGAUGGGAGUAAGAUCUCGGCCGAGGCACAGCAUGGUCUGCUUACACAGGUGCUCAAGGACGUUCUCUUCAAUCGCUCUGGGACCACAGCUCCUCUACCUCCCCUAUGA